AUGGCUGAUCUGGUGGGUUUGCUCACCAAGCCACAAGGUUUGAAAACUGACUACAAAUAUUCAAAAAGAGGCAAUAAACCUGACUUCAAGAUGCUGGAGGAAGAUGAUUCUUUUCUAAAUGUUAAAAGAUCUCUGAAAAAGAGAAUGGCGAAACACAGCACCCCAGUGGACUCAAUGCUUUCAAGAACAGAUCUUACAGAUCUGACAAAUCAGUCAAUCAAGGACCAAGAUACCAGUAAGAGAGUUUAUGGAUCUCCAGUGCCAAAAUCAAAUACAAGUAGAUCAUUAUCUCAAGUAUCAUUAGUAAGCAUUAACGCAUACUUUCCUCAUAUGUCCCCCAAAAGGCUUUCAACAGUGUUUGACUCACAAGAAUUAAAUAAAGAGAAAAGCCAAAGCUCUCAGCUUGUAUUUUCUAGAAGGAGGCUUUCCACUGUGUUGGCAUCUGAUGAAUCAAAUCAAGAGUCAAGUGACAUGGAAACUCAAGCUACUACCAAAGCAUUUGUGGAGGCUGCAGUAACUCACAAGAGUGGACCUUCACCGCUUGUUACUGGAAUACCAGGGAUUAAAGAUCUCCCAAUAGCAAAAACCAGAAAGAAGAAAACUGAUAAAGCUCUUGUGAGAAAGAAAGAAAGAGAAUGGCUGCUUCGUCAACUUAAAAACAUCGAAGAGGCAACUAAACAUGAACUGAUAAUUGAAGAAGCUUGAAUGGGCUACCUAUGGGAUUAAUGCCGUCACAUCCGUCUUGUGGGAAUAACCAGUUCCAGUAAAUCACACUCUUGACUACAAUGCCUGUUAGACUUCCUCUUUCCUUCCAAAAUGUUCUGUUGUUGUUGUUUUGUGAUUUUUCUUGUGUCUUAAAUCUAGGAGAAGUCAGGUACAAAUGAAGAAGUGCCUCUACAUGAGAGCCAAUCUUAAUUUAUAAUGGCUGAAAGCCUGGAACAAAGAAGGCAAGAAGAACUUUGUAUAAGAAUCCUUCUUCGUCCUGCCACAGCUCUUCCCUACCAUACUUUUUUGUGUAGUAUUCCAAUCUUCUAGGGUUGCUGAUGUUUCUUAAGUGACAAAGGCCUAGUGGUCACAUAGAGUAUAAUCCUGGUUAGCCAAAGGAGAAUCUCCUCAUCUAAAGAGUAGUCACAGCUGAUGCAAUCUGGAAUAUUUUUGCUGCUAGCUGGAGAGAUGAGGAAAUACUGAGAGGCACCAAGGAGGGAGGCCACUCUCUAGAGAUUACUAAUUAACAACUGUUUUGAAGUUUUGGUUCAAAAUGAGUUUGUCCCAGCCUUGGACUGUAAAUGUAACUCAUUGUUGCACUGGAGAUACUUAAUGCUCCUGUGUUUUGCGGGAAUAUGAGUUUUCCGUUUUUUCUCUGGAGCUGCUGCAUGUCAGUCAAGAGGGGUGUGUUUGUCAAAAUGGUAGUUUAGCUCACAGGAUCUUUCUGAAGCAUCAGUUAAGAAGUGAUGCAAAAACCAUAAUAUUUGUGUUAGUUCCUACUGCUGUCUGUUAUUUAAUCUUUAGGCUGAGUUUAUCACUUCUAAGUGAUCUACGGAGUGCCAGCAGCAGGAAUGCAGAAUGUAUUUACCACCUACAUGCACAUAUUUCUGUACUUGUGUAGCUCUAGCAUGUGUGCUUUCCUGGCUAUACUGUUUUUUCAGCUGUUCCAGGCACUACCUAAUUACUCCAAAGAGGAGAGGUCUGGUUCAGGAGAAGAUGUAAGUUAAGAAUGGAGGCAAGUGACACUUUUUCAUUUCCUUCUCACACACUGUAACUUGUAAUAUCUCAUGUUCGAGGUGGCAGAGGAGCAGAAGUACGUCCCAAGGCAACAUUAUGAGACAGGCUGACCUGUCUCAUAACACAGCAUCUGUGUUAUGCUCACAAUUGUAAGAGUUGGAGUUGUGGCUUUAAAACCUCUCAGGAUUUAAAAGGAAUUGGGAUGUUUUUGCUAAUGAUUCCUGAAGUGAAAUUCCUCAGAGUUUCUCAGGAAAACAGCUUUAUCCUCAGACCUGGCUUUCUGUGUAGCCAGGCAGUGGGGUGAUGCUGUCCCUCAGGUCAUCAGUCAAGGCAUGCUCACUUCAUUUGAUGUUUAGUUAAUGUUCUGGUAUUUGUUUGUGUGUGUUACCCAGGCUGCUUGUCUGACCCCCACAGCUUCCUCUGGCAACUAGAGAGCUCCUGGCUGGUGUAGAUCCCAAGCUGCUUUUGAGAUAAAAUAGGCAUGGUUGCAGAUGUGCUGCUAUUCCCCCUGAGCUUGCAGGCAUUUCAUCAGUAUCUAUGAUUUGUGCCAGGGGCUGAACUAAGAUCAGGCAAGUGCAAGGUUAGUGCAAAACCCUCUUCUACCCCUGGGACAAGCACAGAUUAGUCUGGCUGCAUGACCCAAUGCUUAAUCCAAAUGACCCAGUUCUAUCUCUUGUUUAUUUGUUCCUUCCCAGAGAGUCAGUUCCAGUUGUUCCUUCUUCAGGCUUCUCAUCCUAAUCUCAGAAAGUCCUGAUAUUGCUUCUGAUUUCCUUUCUUGCGAUCACCUCUCAAAGUCACUCUUGUCUCCUGCCCAUUCAGUUCCUUGGUCUUCAAAUAUCUCUGUCUAACAUCUUGUCCAAUUUGGCCUCUAAUUGCUUCCUUUCUUAUAAGAUACAGAGAUUUUCUGUCUUCUAUGCCUGCUCUUUAUUGCUGCAUUCCUUGCCCAUCUGAUACCCGACAUCAGUCUUUUGCCAAAACUCAGAUUCAGCUGUCAUACCCCUAAGUGCCUUUAUCUACUUAGGCUGACUCCACUCCAUGAUGCUACGCCAAGUGGAAAGGUCAGCUGGGACAAGUUAAAGCUCUAAGGAGGCCAGGGAUGUAGUUGCUGGGAAAGUCCACCUCAGGCCCUGCUUCAGGCUACAUCAAAAGCAAGAGAAAUCCAGGGAAUAUGGCUACUUAACAUUGGCUUUGUGCCAAAUGCAAUACAAAACUUCUGAAAAUUCAGAACACACUAAAUGCUGUGAAAGUUUUCCAGGGAACAAGGCUGCCACCCCGUCAGCUUCACAGAAUGAGUUGGUGCCAAUAAAACCUCCAAGAAUUUCCUCUGUGGAGGAAAACACACUGCCCUGAAUGGUAAUGCAGAACUGACUUUGGGUCUUUUCAAGUUCUGAAGCUGUAUCAGGCAGCCAGAUGCAAAAAAAUCAGGGCUCUCAUGAUUUUGGAAACUAUUUCUAUUUCUUCUCUAGAACAUUAAGAAGAAAUACAGAAGACUAUACAGCAUUUAUCUUGUAGUAAUUUAGGUACUCAUUAAUUUGCAAAAGUUAAAAAAUGGCUUACAGUAUUUAAUGAGAAAAUAUUAAUGAAAUCAAUUGGUGCUUCAGGGAUUUUCCAACAUGUGUCUGUUACUCUACAUCGACAGUAUCAAUAGUUAAUUAUAUUAAGCUAAGGGUCUUCAACCAGGCCUAUGUACUACAUUAGACCUUAGUGAAUGAUUUUUCCCAAAGAAAGGCUUGUCUCUACUUUAUCAAACCAGCAUGUUAGAGAAUAUGAAACUACAUAUACCAAACUACGUAUAUAAAACUAUACUGCUGUUACUGUACUUCACAUAUAAGUAAGGGGGAAAAAAAAGAAAAAUAGAAGAAAACAAAAAAUCCAAACUAAACAACUAGUAUUUCUUUGUUUACUGGACUUGUGCUUUCUUUUGUGUCUCUUGUAGACUACUGGAAUUUAAUGUUAAAGUUUAAUGAUACAGCUAGUUUUUUGUUAUAGUAUGUAUGCAUGCCUUUGUAAGGCUUUGAGAGAGGCACUAGUAGUAUGCAAUUUCACUACUGUUUAAUGUUCAUCCUCUAGUGGCAACAAUGGCAAAUUGCUAUUUGGUUAGUGCUUCUUCUUAUGGGCAAAGUUACUGUAUGAGUUUUUAUAUUAGAGUAUCAACAUAGUGCAAAAGAAAAAAGCUUAAAUGGAGCUGUAGAGUCCAACAUCUCUGAAAAAGAAGUCCUUCUAAUUAUUAUGGACCUUAAGUAUGGAUUGCAGCUGCUGAGGCUGGAAAAGAUUAGGGACUACAGACACCAGAUUCUUAUGAGAAGAUAAUCCCCAAAGUAUCAUGUUCUUUAAAAUGAAAAGCCUGCAUGGAUGAAUGUGAAUCAGAGUUGCAACAGGUUCUUGAGCCUUGCUCUUGUCCUGACUUUCAAAUGCAACAUGGACAUGUUUGUAAUUUCAGAACAGCCUUCCCACUGAGGGUGCUCUUUUAGGGCAGUAUUUUUCCUUUUGGAAUGAAGGUAUGACCUUGACCUAUGGAACUGUUUUCAGUACACUUGUCCCUCAACGGAUAUUACACAACCUACCUGCUGAGGGUGACUAAGCAUGAUGUUGGAUGAAGAAGAACAAAAACAUUACCAAGAACAGAGGGAAGAGACAGAAAUGUCUUCAUCCUGGAUUUAUGAGCUUGGCCUUGUUCUCACUGAAGCAAUGGUAAUACUCCUGUUGACAGAGCUGUGAGUGUUCUGCCAAGCUGCAGUGCUUCUACUGGAGGACGGUAUGAAGAGAAAAAUAUUUAGCACACAUAGUUAACAUAUUUCAGAUUUAAAUAACAGAGAGCUGGUAACUAAGUCCUUCCUUCACUGAUCACAGCUGAACAAUUUUAGAAUAACUAAAAAAAGUAGAAAACUAAAUAAAAACAAAUUUUUAUUUUUUUCCUCUAAAUCACAACAUAAUUGUGCUCCAGAUAAAACCCUGAGUAAUAAAUCAUACGGUAGUGUCACUGACCUAUACUCGGUUGUUUUGUCCUGUAAGGCAUACAGGCACAAAAGUCUCCCAUAGCUCCAUCUAUUGGUGUACUUCACAAUGCCUAUUAAAACAGCUCACUCCUCAACACUUCUGACGUAUUAGAAACAAAUGAACAAACACCGAGCUUAACAGUAUCUAGAAAAGUUGGACCAGUUGAAGCAAUUGGGUAAUAUUUUCAAAUGUUAUUGAAAACUUGAGCUAGGCACAUAUCCUAGGACCUUACUUAGGAUGUAGAACCUGCACUGCCCACCCCCCACCCACCCAAACCUUGCUCAGGCCUUAUACUGCUAUGCAAUUAUGCAAAUUUAUGCAAAAAUUCUGUACAAUUAAAUUGUACUUAAUAGUGGAAUCAGUCCUAAUAGGCAUGCAAGUCCUGUAGAGCUUGACAGUUGCCAAACUCCUGGGUCUGCCCACACAUGUGGCUUCACAGCACUUAUACCAACCCCACCCCUCCACCCUGAAACGGUAUAUGCACAUGGUGAUGCGUAGCAGGCACCACUGAGACAGGACAUACAUCUACCUGACUUUAUUUCCAGCAAUCUACUGUAUAAAACUCUAGGAAGCAGAAACUGCAUUUCAAAUCUCCUCAUCUUAGGACCUUGAAACCAAGUAUCCUAGGUCACAAGGCAAUCACCAUCUCUAGGCUUACUGUGGAGUCAGUGUUUUUAAAUGUUACCUGUCAAAGUUGUUUUACUUUGCCUAAGUGCUCAUUAAAAAUAAGAUCGAACUUGUAUCAUUCCUCUGGCACUCACUGUCUUGCAUCUUUUAUUUCUCAGUGAAUUUGUGUGAUUUUCCUGUUUUACUUCAUUUUUAUAGAAGAAAUUAAAAGAAGGAAGGAGAAAAACAUCCUUCCUUACUCCCAGGGAGCAAAAACACAGAGAAAGAAAUAUCUUUUGUGCUUCUUACUGUUGCUUUAAUUUUGAUCCCUUUUGUCGUCCUCCACUUCAUCCUUUUGGCCUUUCCUAGCUCUACAUGUCCUACUAUAACUGGCUUCUGUGUUCAGCUCUUCAUGUCAUUGCAGGUUUGUCCUUUGUAGUGACCCUCUUUUACUGGCAGACACCAUAAUACUUCUAGAGCUUACAUCUUUUCCUAAAGAGCAGGUGCCAACAACGGCAGAGGAAAAGAAAUAGCUCAUACCUCUAAUAGGAAAACAAAAGUUCUCUUUCUAGAAUUAGAAUAAUCCAAUUUUAUAGUAUGGAAAUCUGAUGUGAAUUCACAUAUAGGAAAGAAAGUAUGGGCAGGACUGCUGAAAACUUUACUGGAAGAGGAACUGGAUCCAAAAAAAGCACUUAUAAGAUGCCCAGGUAAAAUGGAUUUCAAAGUAUAAUUCCCAGCCAAGAGAGCACCAAGCAAUUCAUUGCAUCAUACAACACGCAAUUAAAUCAAAUUGGUGUUGCAUGAGAGUAUUCAUAUGAAGGUCAUGGGUGCUUUAGUGCUUAUUGCUCCUGUCUAAGAAAAAUAUCACACAAAACCCUAAAACCUGCACAAACCAUAACUUAGCAAUAGCAAGAAGCUUUGCCACCAUAGGAGGGAAGACAUUGCAAUUAGAAGGCUUACAAAUGCAAUAAAAACAUUUAUUUACAACAUAUAUGCUAAUGUGGAUAUGUGUUAUAAUUGUGACUGUGUUCAAAGGAAGAAAGAAGGGGUGGAACUGGGAUGGUGGAGAAAGAAAUGCCGUAUGGCAUGCUGAAUGCCCCUGGGUAGCUGAGAAAAAGUUCACUGAAACUAUAGGAUUGGAAAUUAUACUACAAAGGUUAUGAUGCAAGCAUACAAAUCAACAGUGCAUCGUGACCUUGACUAGUAUAUUCAGUAGCAGGUGGGGGUUUUUGGCCACCAUUGAGAGAUGAUAAAAAUUAAUUAAAGAAAACAAAUCACAGAGCAAAGCCCUUAUGUGAGACUAGCAAAGUGAAAAGACUGUGAUGACCACACUGGGAGAAGGGAUGAACAAGGCAAGCAAAAACACAAUAUCAGACUCAUGACACCUUAAAGGUCUAUUGGCUCUUCCAGUUUCUCAGAAUGCAAAAUCAGUGGACUUAGAGGAAAAUAAGACUUGGACUGCUAUUUUAAAAAGUGUCCUUUUUUUGCAUAUACUUAAGUCUGCAGAACAUGUUUUUUCACUACAUAGAUAUCUUUGAGAAAAAUAUAAAAUCUAAAACUUAAAAUAUAAAACCCUAGCAAGGGGUAGUGUGCUAUAUAUGAAAAUGUAGAAAAUUACAUUAAAAAGGUGUUGUUUAUUUUUGCCAUUUUGGCCAUAUCAUGGUCAACCAGUCACUGAUUGUAAUAACAGCAACAACAAAAAUAAAAUUAAAUUCUUACUGUUAUAGUUAUGCAUUUAAGAAUUUCUACAACAGCUUGAUUUAUCAGAUUUCAUAAGAGAAAAGCUUUUGAGAUAUCUCAUGAUUCUUUUCUAUGCCUGUCUUAGUUUUUACAACUGCCCUGCCAUCAGCAACCCACUUCUAGUGGGUCACUAGAAGUUUCAUUCUUUUCCAUGUGACUUUGCUACAGAAGGCAAAAUCACAGAGAUUUACUGAAGGUAGUCAAAUCUUAUUUGGAAAGAGAGGCACUCUGCUUUCAUCUGUAAUGAAGUGCCCUAACAAUCUAAUCUUGGCUUUUGCUUAGUUUCAUUAUACAUUAAUUAUAUUGAUUUUUUUUUAAAAUCCAGUAACUCUAUGUGAUCUCUGUGUUUGAUGGCGGAGAUUAUUUAUACAGUAGGUCAGGCAAAUACUCGUGUGACAUUCAGUCUUAUCUCCAGUGUGAUUUUGGUAUAAUAACAAAUUGGAUUAACCCCUUCAUAUCUCUAUUUGCAAAUUAUGAUGUCCUCCAAGGAGCCCUAAAACUGGUCAUUAGCAGCUUCAG